AGCCGAGAGAGAGAGUGAGUGAGUGAGUGAGUGAGUGAGUGAGUGUGUGUGUGUGUCUGUCACGGCUCCCUGACGGGGAGAUAAAUGGGUGGGUUCUCUAAGUGGAAACUAUGAGUCCCACCCACGGCAGUUUAUUAAGAGUCGGCCCUGCGAGUGGUUUCGGAAAAACGCUUUCUCCAGGAAGAAGAAACUGCAAGCUGAAGAAACCAUGAGCUACCCUGGAUACCCUCCACAGGCAGGCGGAUACCCUCCACAGGCAGGCGGAUACCCUCCGCAGGCAGGCGGAUACCCACCUCAGCCUGGUGCUUACCCGCCUCAGCCUGGAGCUUACCCGCCUCAGCCUGGUGCUUACCCUCCUCAAGCUGGCGGCUACCCGCCACAGGCUGGCGGCUACCCGCCACAAGCUGGCGGCUACCCACCGCAGGCUGGUGCCUAUCCGCCACAGGCAGGAGGCUAUCCACCGCAGGCUGGAGGCUACCCACAGGCGCCACCACCAGGGAGCUGGGGUGGUGGCCCUGCUGGUGGUUAUCCCUCCAUUGGUCUUGAUAGCUUAACCAACCCUGGAUACAAUGCUGGCAUGGCCAACCAGAUCUCUGCAGGUAUGGGGGGUUUUACUCCAAACCCAUCCUUGUUUGCCCAAGCCCCCGUGGGGUACCCAUCUCCCCCUCAGCCUGGUGGGUAUGGUGCCCCCUCCCCUAACCAACAGUCAUAUGGCCUGUACCCACAGCCAGGAGGGACAAUGCCCCAACUCCAAGGCCAAGGCAUGAGCUACCCCGGUCAGCCAGGCCAGACUAUGCCAGGAUACCCUGGUGCACCAUCACCUAACCCUCCCAUGCCCGGUUGUGGAGGAGCACCAGCACCUAUGCCAGGGUACCCAAGGGUCCCAUCACCAAAUCCAUCCAUGCCAGCAUACGGAGGAGGAGCCAUGCCAAUAGCUCCACCUAUCAAUAGAGGAUUCAGGGGAACAAUCAAGGACUUUCCUGGAGCCGACCCACUCAGAGAUGUAGAGGUCCUGAGGAAGGCCAUGAAGGGCUUUGGAACUGAUGAGCAAGCCAUUAUUGAACUACUGGGGAGUCGUUCCAACAAGCAGCGUGUGCCUUUGCUCCGGGCUUACAAAACUUCCUAUGGGAAGGAUCUGGUUAAGGACCUGCAUUCAGAACUGUCUGGAGAUUUUAGGAAGCUGGUCAUGGCCAUGUUGAAGAGCCCAGCCGAAUUUGAUGCCUAUGAGCUCAACAGUGCCAUCAAGGGAGCUGGAACUGAUGAAGCCUGUCUGAUAGAGAUCCUGUCUUCUCGCUCCAAUGCUGAAAUCAAGCAGAUAAACCAGAUUUACAGACAAGAAUACAAGAAGUCACUGGAGAAUGCCAUUAGUGGGGAUACCUCAGGCCACUUCCGCAGACUCCUGAUCUCCCUCGCCCAGGGCAAUCGUGACGAACGAGAAACUGUUGACAUCUCUGUGGCUAAACAAGAUGCUCAGGCCCUGUAUGCUGCUGGAGAAAACAAGCUGGGAACAGAUGAGUCCAAAUUCAAUGCUAUUUUGUGCGCCAGAAGCAAACCUCACCUCAGAGCAGUGUUUCUUGAGUACCAGAAGAUGUGUGGCAGAGAUAUCGAGAAGAGCAUUGACAGGGAGAUGUCUGGAGACCUUGAGAGUGGCAUGUUGGCAGUAGUGAAGUGUAUUAAGAACACACCUGCCUACUUUGCUGAGAGGCUUUACAAGGCCAUGAAGGGAGCUGGGACAAAGGACAAAACUCUGAUCCGGAUCAUGGUCUCCCGUUCUGAGGUUGACAUGCUGGAUAUCCGCCAGGAGUAUGUUAAAAACUAUGGCAAGUCGCUGUACACACACAUCUCUGGGGACACAUCAGGAGACUACAAGAAACUCCUAUUGAAGCUCUGUGGGGGCAGUGACUGAAUUGGAAACAAUCUCCAGUACAUAUAUUUUCUAUUGAUAUCAGAUUUCUGCCUUAUCUAUGCGCAAUAUAUACAAACCGCAAACCUGCAUGCCAAGCCAUUGCUCUCAAUGCAAUGUUUACCUAUUUGUAAGAACCUCAUAUAUUUUGCUAUUUAGUUUCGUUUCUAUAUACAGUAUGCAAAAAAAAGUUUUAUAUUUUUGCACUUGUGGUAACUUGAUUAUUUGAGUUGAAUAUACAUGGCCAUACAAUCGAUUAGUCAGAGAUUAAAUUUAAAUUUUAAGAGUUAUAUAUUUUUAAGAUAUUUUAUUUCAAUUGUGCCAAUAUGAUCAGAUAUCUUGUAAUAUCUGGAAUGUUUAUCAGCUUGUUUUCUAAUGUUCAGCAAUGCUGAAUAAAGUAAGAGACAUAGAAUACAUAGCAUUUAAGUACCAAAGUUAAUGUUAAUAUGUGCAACUGUAUUGUCUCUUCUAUAUUUUGCCUACACUUUACAAUUCUUUGUUCAUUAUAGUUGUGCUUUAUUUGCAGCAAAGUCUUUAAUUUGUGUAUCGUUUACUGUCAUUGUUGCAUAUAAAAGCAUCACAUUUCAUAAAUUUAAUGAUUUUAGCUUCACGAGUCUUAGGAAAUAAACAUUGAGA